UCAGUAAAUCAGUAGCUACAAAAAUGGCGGCGACUAUUGAUGGUGUGUUUAAUCCUGAGCUUCAAACAGCUAUUUUAAAAAGCAAAGUAUUAGUUGUUGGUGCCGGUGGGAUUGGUUGUGAAAUCCUAAAAAAUCUUGUUAUGACUGGAUUCCAUGAUAUCGAAAUAAUUGAUCUCGAUACAAUUGACGUAAGCAAUCUCAAUCGCCAGUUUUUAUUUCAAAAACAACAUGUUGGUAAAUCAAAAUCAGCAGUAGCACGUGAAACUGCAUUAACAUUUAAUUCUGAUGCUAAAAUAACUGCUUAUCAUGACAGUAUUACCUCAUCUGAUUAUGGAUUGAAUUUUUUCAAGAAAUUUGAUGUAGUAAUGGGAGCUUUAGACAACAGAGCAGCAAGAAAUCACGUUAAUCGCAUGUGUUUAGCUGCUGAUGUACCGCUAAUUGAGUCAGGAACUGCUGGAUACAAUGGUCAAGUUGAGCUGAUUAAAAAAGGACUGAGUCAGUGCUACGAAUGCUUCCCAAAACCUCCACAAAAAACAUUUCCCGGAUGUACAAUUCGUAACACUCCUAGCGAGCCUAUUCACUGUAUAGUCUGGUCGAAGCAUUUAUUCAAUCAAUUAUUUGGUGAAGAAGAUCCUGAUCAAGAUGUAUCGCCAGACACAGCAGAUCCCGAGGCUGCUGGUGAUAAAGCCGGCGAAGAAGCUUUAAAUUCAGAUGCUAAUGACAAAGGAAAUGUCGUACGUGUGUCAACACGACUGUGGGCGCACGCAAACGGAUACGAUCCGGAAAAACUUUUCGCUAAAUUGUUUCACGAUGACAUCAAGUAUCUUCUGAGUAUGGACAAUUUGUGGAAGAAGAGGACACCUCCAACUCCUCUUGACUGGAAAAAUUUACCUGACGAAGUUGCCGGUUGUAGCAAAGACACCGACGAAGGGUUGAAAGACCAGCAGCGAUGGAGUAUCGCUAAAUGCGCGCUUAUAUUCGCAAAGGCAGUAGAUAAUUUGAAAACUAAACUCGAGGAACUGCGCAAAAAGUCACCGAGCGAUCAUUUAGUUUGGGACAAAGACGACCAAGAUGCCAUGGACUUUGUGGCUGCCUGUGCAAAUAUACGCGCUUAUAUAUUUGGUAUUGCGCAGAAAUCACGCUUUGAUAUUAAAUCAAUGGCUGGUAAUAUCAUACCAGCAAUCGCUACGACAAAUGCCAUCAUUGCUGGUGUCGUUGUUUUACAUGCAUUCCGUAUUUUAUCUGGAAACUUGAAAGCCUGUAAAUCUGUUUAUCUGAGACCGCGCCCAAAUCAUCGUAAUCAAUUUUUAGUACCCGAGAGAGAUGUAAAUCCUCCAAAUCCAAAGUGUUACGUUUGUGCGCCAACACCUACAGCUGUUUUAGCAAUCGAUACUACUAAGAUGACAAUUGCUGAGCUAAAUGAUUUGGUAUUAAAAGACAGAUUGAAUAUGAUUGCGCCUGAUGUUAUGAUUGAUGGGUUGGGUAGAAUAAUAAUCAGUAGUGAAGAAGGUGAAACAGAGGAAAAUAAUGACAAAAUACUUGAAGAACUUGGUGUCAAAAAUGGUUCAAUACUUAAAGUUGAUGAUUUCCAGCAGAAUUAUUCAUUAACUGUCAAUAUUGUCCAUCGUGACAAACCCACAGUACGCGGAGAGAGUCCAGAUUUUUUGGUUGUCGCUGAUGAGCAGGAUCUCAAACCAAAAGAAGAGGAACAAACUAAAAAAGACAACCAAACACCAUCGACUUCCAAUGGCCAGGUCACUGAUGUCGAGGACAAUGAUCUGCUGGAGAUCGUUCCAGACGAUGACGAUGACCUGAUGGAAGUUGUUGAUGAAGAUGACGUGGCUGCCAAGAAACGAAAAACAGCAUCGUCACCUGGACGGGAAAUUCCGUCGCCGAAAAAACGAAAAACUGAACGGUCAGUUUCUGAUGAUUUGGAUGAUUGCUGUGUUAUUGAGGACACUAACGAAGUUACCUGCAUUCAACAAAAAUCAAGUCCACAUAAAAAUAGCCCGCAGAAGAGAGUUCACAGCUAGACUGUAUUGAUUUAUUAUUUUUAUAAUUUGUGGGAUGAUAAUUCAUUUUCUGCAUUGAAAAAUAUCUAUUUAACUCUUUAUUAAAUGAGUUGAUAACUGAUUAAGUAAUUGGUUAUUAGUUACUAUUUAUUUAAGUAAUUAAUGAUUAAAAAAAAAAAAAAAAACAAUUUUGUCUACCAUUGUAAUUGCAGUUAAA